GGGUAUUCGAAUGUACUGUUGUAGAUUUUUGAAACCUAAAAGAUGGUUUGUGUAACUUAGCGAUAAGCCGAACACCUGAGUUAAUAUCUGAAGUCUGAACUCAUUCAUGUUCUACGAAUUCCGUGAUCCUCGUUUGGUCCCUUUCACAGUUUGCGACUCGCAGCAUCACCAUCACCAUCAGCAUAACCAUAACCAUGCUCGGCGUUUCAACCUUUCAGCCACCGCAACUCAACCCUUCGUCACAUUCCACUUUCCGGCGUCUGAAACCCCAUUUUCCCUUCUCUUUCAGCCUCUCCCCUACAAACGGUGCCUCUUACCAUAGACCCCUCCGCAUUCACGCCAUCGACGCGGCCCAACUUUUCGACUACGAAUCCAAAGUGGCCCAACAGUUCCACGACGCUCAGAAACUGAAGAUUGCCGUAGUAGGCUUCGGGAACUUCGGGCAGUUCCUUGCCCGAACCCUCGUCAAUCAGGGCCACACCGUCUUGGCCCAUUCCCGCUCCGACUACACCAAGGUGGCACGCGAACUCGGCGUAACGUUCUUCCGAAACCCUCACGACUUGUGCGAGGAACACCCCGAAGUCAUCUUGCUCUGUUCCUCAAUAAUCUCAACGCAGCACGUGCUUCUCACGCUCCCUCUUCAGCGAUUGAAGCGUAGCACAUUGUUCGUCGACGUGCUUUCCGUUAAAGAGUUUCCCAAAAACCUUUUGCUGGAAAUGCUUCCCUCUGAUUUCGACAUUCUCUGUUCGCACCCCAUGUUUGGACCCGAGAGUGCCAGUAGAGGAUGGAGUGGCCUUCCUUUCGUCUUCGAAAAGGUUCGAAUUGGGAACGAGGAGCCCCGAAUUGCACGGUGUGAGAAGUUCCUUCACGUGUUCGCGAGAGAAGGGUGUAGAAUGGUGGAGAUGAGUUGUGCGGAUCAUGAUAGGUUUGCGGCGGGGUCGCAGUUCAUAACGCACACUGUUGGUAGGAUUUUGGAGAUGUUGACGGUGGAGUCAACUCCUAUUAAUACGAAGGGGUAUGAGUCUUUGUUGAAUUUGGUGGAGAACACUUGUGGGGAUAGUUUUGAUCUUUACUAUGGUUUGUUUAUGUUUAAUAAGAAUUCGUUGGAGAUGUUGGAGAGGUUGGAUUUUGCUUUCGAGGACUUGAGGAAACAGCUCAUUGGGCGUUUGCAUGGUGUUGUGAGGAAGCAGUUGUUUGAGAAUGCUGGAAAGGUGCAGUGUUUCCAAGAUACCUAUGCAGUACCGCAGGAUGUUCAGAAUGGAUCUGCACUGGUUCUGUCCUCCAAAGAUCAGAGAUCCUGUGAUGUUGCUAAAAUUGACAAAUACAAGUCAAACGGGUCCAGCCAAUCUGAUGACAACUUAAAGCUGAAGAUUGCAAUUGUUGGUUUUGGCAACUUUGGUCAGUUUCUUGCUAAAACUAUUGCCCGUCAUGGUCAUCAAGUGUUGGCAUACUCUAGAUCAGACUACUCUCAGGUGGCUCAGGAAUUAGGGGUUUCUUAUUUCAAUGAUGCUGAUGAUCUUUGUGAACAGCAUCCGGAAGUGAUUUUACUUUGCACUUCAAUCCUUUCCACGGAGAAAGUUCUUAAAUCGUUGCCUGUGCAGAGAUUGAAGAGAAGUACUUUGUUUGUUGACGUACUUUCUGUCAAGGAAUUUCCUAGAAACUUGUUUCUUCAACAUUUGCCACCUUAUUUUGAUGUUCUUUGCACUCAUCCUAUGUUUGGACCAGAGAGUGGAAAAAAUGGGUGGAAGGGUCUUCCUUUUGUUUAUGAUAAAGUUAGGGUGGGACGAGAUGAAUGUAGAACAUCGCGCUGUGAUCGGUUUCUUGACAUUUUUUCUAGCGAAGGGUGCCGAAUGGUUGAAAUGUCAUGUGCUGAACAUGAUUGUCAUGCAGCUGGAUCACAGUUUAUCACACAUACCACGGGAAGAUUUUUAGAAAAGCUGAAAUUGGAGGCAACACCAAUUGACACAAAGGGCUAUGAGACUUUGUUGAGUUUGGUGGAAAAUACUGCUGGGGAUAGUUUUGAUCUGUACUAUGGUUUGUUCUUGUAUAAUAUAAAUGCAAUGGAGCAGCUAGAAAAAUUCGAUCUGGCGUUUGAGUCAUUGAAGAAGCAGCUUUUUGACCGUCUGCAUGGUGUCUACCGAAAGCAAGUAUUUCAACAUGAAGAAAAGCUCCAUGAUUUGCCCGAGAGGUCUUUGUUACCUGAGAUAUCUGAAGAUAGUAAUGCAGUAUCAUCUUUUUCUAAUACUGUGGACACUAAAUGAAAACGAUUUUCCAGAUUUGCCUCUCAUUGCUUCCUGGAUUGGCACUUAAAGGGGAGCUCAUGUGUUCAUAUUUUGUGUCCCAUUGUUAUUUAUGGCUAUGAAUGUAGACUUGGAAGUUCUCAAUCUGAAGAGAGAUAAUCAAUGAGGAAACAGAGUUAUGAAUAUAUGAAAUAUGAAGAAUGUUUGAUCACUCUAGGAAUGAUUUUAGAAUGAAAAUAUUCACUUGUUGUUGUGCAUCUGAAGGCUAUAUAGGAUCUUUUAAACUGGUAUGAUCAUGCACAUUGCUGGUGUAAAAGAAUAUAUAAAGUUUAAACAGGAGACCGAGGAAACAAUGCUAAAAAUGCAAGAUUUUUUCCCCUCCUUUCUUUUUGAUAAAAGGCUGCUAUUCAUGCUUGCAGUACAUGGUCACCAAGAUUCUAUGUGCAGUAUGUAUCUUGGAUUUGGCAAAAUUAAUCUAUUUGAGAGGCCAAAGUGUGCAUAGUAUGAUUUCUAUCUCCAGUUGCUUGUCUCGGUGUGCGUGUGCGCGCUCAUCUCUACUUGUGUUUAUUGUUCUUUUUGGAAUAAUUCCUCAAUUAUGUAGUCGUCUUUUAUUUUAUUUUACAGAGGGCUUUAUCCCAUUUUUCUUUUAUCAAGCUGAACUAAUGGUUCUCUUGUUUCUAGUUUGUAUUCUGGUAGAAACGAAUUCAUGCUUUUUGAUAUACAUUAUAGCGAGUUAACUUGC